AUGGUGUCACGUCACUGGGAAACUUAUGUUGUUCGAGUUGAAGCCUACUUUGAAGGAAAUGCUAUAACCGAAGAUAAGAGGAAGCGCGCACUGUUGGUAGCCGCGCUCGGCUCCAGGCCGAUUGGAAUACCGUGCGGAAUAUGCGCGCCUCAAAGAGUCAACGAACUGACGUACAAGGAAGUUGUCGGCAUCCUGGGUCGACACUACGCGCCCAAGUCUAACGAAAUAGCUGAAAGCUACAAGUUUGUCAAUCGGCAACAGCGGGAAGGCGAGUCGGUGCAAGACUUCAUCGUGGAACUAAGGAAAAUCGCGGAAAAUUGCAAUUUCGGAGACAGCUUGGACCGCAUGCUGCGGGAUCGCAUUGUUUGCGGAGUGCGAAACCAGACAGUCCAACGUCAACUACUGGCAAGGCGAGACCUGACUUUGGCGGAGGCAGAAGAUUUGGCUACCGCGGCAGAGGUCGCCACAAAGGAGGUAAAGAACAUGGAAAGCCAGGAGGUGAAAAAUGAAGCGGAUCUACACAGAAUAGCCGGAAAGUCCCGAAAACAGCCAGACCUGGGAAGGAGGUACAAUACAAGAAAAGAAGAAUGCGUGCGACGCGGAAGCAGUUCACAUGCACGGGACGCGUGUCGGCACAGAUUUGCCAGAUGUUUCAAAGCGGCAGACAAGGCCAUUUCGCGAAGAAAUGUGGGGCGCAUCAUGACGUUGCAACUCCAGGACGACCAAUCUCGACGAUUGCAACUGCGACGGCGUCAGAGGGAGAGGACCUGGACUUGGCAUCAGUGUACACGGUACAACCUCGAACACGGUGUACAAUGA